AGAAACUAAGCACACUAAAGACACGCAUUCAGAAAAAACUGCUCUCGAAUCAAACCACCAAGAUGCAGAUGUCCGAGCCCCUCAGCCAGAAGAACGCUCUCUACACGGCAAUGAACCGCUUCCUCGGCGCCGUCAACAACAUGGACCAGACGGUCAUGGUGCCGAGUCUGCUGAGAGAUGUGCCGCUGGACCAGGAGAAGGAGCAGCAGAAGCUGACCAACGACCCGGGCAGCUACCUGCGGGAGGCUGAGGCCGACAUGUACAGCUAUUACAGUCAACUCAAGUCCAUCAGAAACAACAUCGAAUGGGGCGUCAUCCGCUCGGAGGACCAGCGGCGCAAGAAAGACACCUCUGCGUCGGAGCCUGUGCGCACAGAGGAGGAGAGCGACAUGGAUCUGGAGCAGCUCCUGCAGUUCCAUCUGAAGGGCUUGCACGGGGUGCUGUCCCAACUCACAAGCCAAGCCAACAACCUGACCAACCGAUACAAGCAGGAGAUUGGCAUUUCUGGCUGGGGACAGUGAAGUGCACCAUGAAGGAUCCACAUCUACUGCGAUAUGAUGAACUGUUGUGUUGUUCUAAGACGAUCUGCUCUGCAUUUGUGGAAGAGCCAAAGGGGACUAAUGGAGCAGAAGUUACUGCCGAAAAAAGACAAACCGUGAAGGGAAAGUGGAUUUGUCGAAGUAAUGGUUUUGGUGUUGAUCACUGACGUAUUGCAAGGGCUGCUUCCUGUUUUGUGCCAAUUUGCACUGACAGUUUCUCUUUUUAAAAACCAAAAUCUCCGUUGAAGUGGCUGACUGCCAUGCAUUUACAUUAAUAUUUAAGUCUAUUUAUGUAUUAUGUAAAAUUGAAAGCUUUUAUUUUUCCAUUUUUCUUUGUGAUAGAGGAAAGUAAUUGUCCUAUGAUGUUGCCAAGUGUACCAGAGGACUGAUGACUUUUUUUUUUAUAAUUAACUGAGAUUGCUAUAUGUGAGAGCUAUAUUAAUGAAGCAGAAACCCUGUGGAAAAUCCAUAAGGAUGUCUCCUGCUAAUGACCUGAAAGAAUCUGUGAAUCAUCCUGUGAAUCCAUGACGUGGACAACUCUGAAAAUCACUGUUUGUGUAAUGAUGAGCUCCAUGAGAUUCAGUGUGAAACUGUGCUCAUAAAUGCCAGUUGAAUUGUUAAAGCAUUGCUGUGUUUUUAUGUUAAUGAACUUUUUUUUUUUAUAACAAAAUAAACGUUUGUUACUUG